CACAAAAAUGGGAUAAAUACACCAAACUGAGGCACUUGUUAAACACACACACACAGAGAAAGAAACUCAAAAACAUGGAGAAGAACAAUGAAGAAACACCUCCAAAAAAUGACGUUGGAGAGACUCAAAUACAUUACAGAGGUUGGAAAGCCAUGCCUUUUGUCAUAGGCAAUGAGACUUUUGAGAAGUUGGGAGCUAUUGGAACAUUAGCAAAUCUCUUGAUUUAUCUGACUUCAGUCUUCAAUAUGAAGAGUAUAACAGCAGCAACUAUACUUAAUAUCUUCAAUGGCAGCACUAAUUUAGUCACUUUAGUUGGAGCUUUCCUUUGUGAUACUUAUUUUGGUCGCUAUAAAACCUUGGGAUUUGCUAUUGUAGCCUCUUUCUUGGGGUUGCUUGUAAUUCAUCUCACUGCAGCAGUCAAGAACUUGCAUCCACCACACUGUAUAACAGAUUUGUGUAAAGGGCCAACAGCAGGGCAGAUGACUUUCCUAAUGUUUGGAUUUGGCCUUAUGAUAAUUGGAGCUGGUGGCAUUAGACCAUGUAAUUUGGCAUUUGGAGCUGAUCAGUUUAAUCCAAAUACAGAAGCUGGGAAGAAAGGAAUUAAUAGUUUCUUCAAUUGGUAUGUUUUCACUUACACUUUUGCAAUGAUGGUGUCAAUUACAGUCAUUGUGUAUGUGCAAACAAAUGUCAGUUGGGCUCUGGGAUUGGGAAUUCCAGCAAUCCUUAUGUUGAUUGCUUGUAUACUCUUCUUUGUGGGUUCUAAAAUCUAUGUGAAAGUGAAAGCCACUGGCAGUCCAAUGACCAGUGUUGCACAAGUUCUUGUGGCUGCUAUUAAGAAAAGAAAACUCAAGCAACCAGAUCAACCAUGGCUCUCUCUCUUUGAAUACACACCUCCAGGCUCCAUUAACUCCAAACUUUCCUAUUCAGAUCAGUUCAGAUUUCUGGACAAAGCAGCAAUCAUAACUGCAGAAGACCAAAUAAAGGAGGAUGGAUCGGCAGCAGAUCCAUGGAGACUUUGCAGUAUGCAACAAGUGGAAGAAGUGAAGUGUUUGGUGAGAGUGCUACCAGUUUGGUUGGCAGGAGUUUUAUUCUUUGUUACUCAAUCCCAACAGAAUACUUAUGCAAUAUUUCAAGCCCUUCAAUCAAACAGGCGGAUAGGAAACUUCACAAUCCCAGCUGCAUCCUACACAGUCUUUGCAAUGCUAAGCCUCAGCAUUUGGCUUCCCAUUUACGAUCGAAUCGUAGUCCCUUUCCUUCUAAAAUUUACCAAAAAAGAAGGUGGAAUCACCAUUCUACAAAGGCAAGGGAUUGGGAUAUUUUUAACUACAAUGGCAAUGCUUUUGUCUGGAUUAGUUGAAGAUAGAAGAAGAGUCAUUGCUCUUACAAAGCCAUCACUCGGAAUUGAGCCACGAAAAGGGGCGAUUUCAUCGAUGUCGGCCUCUUGGUUGAUUCCUCAGCUAACAUUAUAUGGGUUGGCUGAUGGGUUUGGAGCUGUGAGUCAAUUGGAAUUUUAUUACAAGCAAUUCCCAGAGAAUAUGAGGAGCAUUGGAGGGUCAAUUUUCUUUUGUGCCAUUGCAGGUGGGAGCUAUUUGAAUGGACUGUUGAUAAUAGUAGUUCACAGAAUGAGCGAAGGAUCUAAGUCAGGAGAUUGGUUACCUGAGGAUCUCAACAAGGGGAGAUUGGAUUACUUUUAUUACUUCCUUACUGGUAUUGGGUUAGUCAAUUUGUGCUACUUUCUAAUUUGUUCAAAGUGGUACAAGUACAAAGGGGCACCUCAAAAUGCCUCUGAAAUUCACUUGAUGUCAAAGCAACCAGAGAAAAAUACUGUUUGAUAUCUAUACAUAUAUCAGUAGUGCUUAAAUAAUUAGUUAAUUAACCCUGUUUUCAGAUGGAUUAGAUUAUGAAGUUGGGGUCAUUUAAGCAAAAAAAGUUCUAUGUGUAGAACUUAUAAUGCAUAAAUUAAGGGAUGGCAGGAUAGGGUAGAUUUUACAAAAGUAGGUUCUGUGAUUGUGGAGAGCAUUCAUUGUUUGAAUUUGAUCCAUACAAAGCAAGAAGAAAUAAAAAUUAAGAGAGGAAAAUUCGAGUCU